AUGCCACUUGUUAGGAUUGAUGUCAUUCGGGAUGCGUGGUCACCCAGCGAACUCAAAAACCUGGCGGACACCAUUCAGCAGGUGAUGCAGACUCAUUUUAAUGCUCCUGCGCGAGACAGAUACCAAGUCAUUACCCAACACGAAGAUUAUGAGCUGAUUUGUGAAGACACUAACCUGGGCUUCACUCGAACCAAGAAACUCGUAAUCAUUCAGAUAUUGCAACAAGGCCGGAGCGCAGAGCAAAAGGCGCAAGCCUUUAAAGCGUUGGCUGAGAAUCUGCAGGAUAAGUGUUCCGUGUCUGGUGAUGAUUUGAUUAUCAGUUGUGUUCAAAACACUCAGGAGGACUGGAGCUUUGGAAUGGGUGUUGCACAGUUCAUGACUGGAGAGCUGUGA